CUCAUUUUCAUGCAAUUUUAUCUACUAAAACCUCGGUAACUAUAUCGAAGCAAAUUGAUUCAGGGAAAGCCGAAUAGUUAUAAUUCAUUAUAGGUGCUUGUAAGCAAAUUUUAACCUAUAACAAUGCGCCCCCUACAAUCAAUUUCAUUAACCUGAGAACGCCUCAUCUGCCGUUAGGUCGCGCUCGGAACGUGCGAAUGUUUACAAUUUGUUGACAAAUUUCGGUCCUUGCAUAUUGCAACAUGGCCGCUACGUUCAUUUCCGGUUAUUUUUUCAUCUAUAACUUGAGAAUACUAAUUAUAAAUGUACGUGGACUUGGAAGAGUAUGGCCGCCAUAAAAAAAAUUCUGGUCCUUGACUCGGUGCUAGAAUGGAUGAUUGUGGAGAGACCAUAUCUGAUAUACAGAAUUACCUCUCAUCCUUCAAUAAAGAGAUCCAGCAAGUAGACUCCCACAUAUCUUCAGGUGAAGUGGCUCAAGUGUUCAUAGAUGAAGCUGGCCGCUACUACUACCAGCCUCUGGAGGGCGCUCCCCAGCAGGUGGUUGUGGUCACUGAGGACGACGAGCAAGAUGGCGACCGAGAGGUUGAGGAACACACCAUCAGCAGUGGUGACAACUCCAAUAUCACGCACACCGUCGUCAUAUCUGAACCUACGCAGUCUGUCUCAGGUCCCAGCAAGAGACCAGUUACAUCAGGCACUGCAGAUGGUAGUGGUUCGGCCACAGCAGCGCAUCGACGGGCGCCUAGCAGUACUAAGUCUGGACGCGUGUCUAAUGAAGUUCAGACAAAGGACGGAGAAGUGGCUGACCAGCUGAACUUGUGUAAUGAGUCGCGUGUUAUAACCAUAAAGAACUCGGGCUUAAUGGGAGCUGACGGUGCUGAAGAUGAUGAAGCCCUGCAGUCUCUGGCUGGAGCCAUCGCUUCUGUUGGCGAAGAUGGCUUGUUGCAAUUGCGGGAAGGCAGCGCGUCCGGCGCGAACCAGGUAAUCCUGAACACCGGCAAUAGCAACCAGAUCGUGACGAUCGUACCAUCGACCACAAACCCUGGCGAGAUGAGCUACGUCCUCAUCGUGGAGCAGAACGCAAAUGACGGCGGCGGCGACAAGGACCACACCGUGUACGACUUCACAGAAGGGGAAGACGCCUUCACUUUCUCUGAUGACGAGGAGGACCCACCACCCAGGAGCGGCGUUCUCAUCAACAGCAAUAGCGGCAGUAACAACAAACAGCGAUCAGCGAUACGGCGCUCACAGAGUACCGGGAGCCAAGCACACAUGUGCAAUUACUGUAACUAUACGAGCACUAAAAGAUACCUGCUCAUCAGACACAUGCGCUCACACAGUGAAGAGCGGCCGCACAAGUGUUCCGUGUGUGAGAGAGGCUUCAAGACACUUGGUAGUCUGCAGAAUCAUCUAAAUACGCACACAGGAGUCAAGCCACAUCGCUGUAAAUUCUGUGACACCGGCUUCACUACCUCAGGAGAGCUGGUGCGCCACGUACGCUACAUCCACACGCAAGAGAAGCCUCACAAGUGCCCUGAGUGCCACUAUUCCAGCGUGGAGCUCAGCAAACUGAAGCGCCACAUGCGAUGCCACACUGGCGAGCGCCCCUACCAGUGCAUCCACUGCACCUACGCCAGCCCCGACACCUUCAAACUCAAGCGACACCUCAGGAUACACACCGGCGAGAAGCCCUACGAAUGUGACAUUUGCCACGCCAGGUUCACCCAGAGCAACUCUCUCAAAGCCCACAAGCUCAUACACACCGGCAGCAAACCUGUAUACACAUGCGAGUUGUGUCCUACGACAUGUGGCCGUAAGACAGACCUCCGCAUCCACAUCCAGAAGCUCCACACUUCAGACAAGCCGAUCAAGUGCAAGAAGUGCACGAAGAUCUUCCCUGACCGCUAUACCUUUAAGCUCCAUAACAAGACUCACGACGGUGAGAAGUGCUUCAAGUGCGACUUGUGCCCCUAUGCCUCGACCUCCUCAAGACAUCUUGACAGUCACAUGCUGGUGCACACGGAGCAAAAGCCUUACAGAUGCGAGAUGUGUGAACAGUCGUUCCGUCAGAAGCAGCUGCUUCGGCGGCACCAGAACCUCUACCAUAACCCGCAGUACAUUCCACCCGCCCCUAGGGAGAAGACCCAAGAGUGCCCCGAGUGCGGCAAGGCUUUCCGACACAAAGGCAACCUGAUCCGGCACAUGGCAAUCCACGACCCCGACGCGUCGGCGCAGGAGAAGUCCCAGGCGCUGAAGCUUGGACGUCAGAAGCGCCUGCAACUCAUAAACGGCCAGCAGGUGGAAGUUUAUGGCGCGGAAAACGACACAACAGAGGACGAAGAUCAGCUGAUGUCGGUGGAGGGUGACGACGGCAACCAGUACGUGGUGCUGGAGGUGAUCCAGCUGGCGGGGGGUGAGGGGCACCACGUGAUGGUAGGGGGUGAGGACCUCCCUCUGCACUCCGAUGGCAGCCUCCUGCCUGCCUCCCCUCUUGUUGUGUCCCAAGACGACCCCGCCAUCAACCCCACCAUCUUGGGGCUGCAGCAGCCGCUCCUGCCCGACGACAUCAAAAAGGAAACCAAGAAGGAAAUGGACACCUGCUUUGGCUUCGACGAAGAUGGCGACACUGGACAAAUUCAUUUACAGUUUGGCGAGUGAAGAUCCCUGAUGUACCAGCAGUACGGCUGGUGUAGCGGAAUAAUAAUGAUGCGAACAGAUAUCUUUCUUGACUUUUUUACCUAGAAAGCAUUUUCAACUAUCGCGAGUUGGAGCUUCAUUCCCAGUGUUCUGAUCUCCAUUAGCUGUGUAGAUUUGUUGAAAAUUCUCCGAUUUAUUGAGUAAUGAAUUUAAAAUAUGUACAUUACUUUGAACGUGGCUGUUGUGUUUGGUUGAGCUUCUCGUUUAAGUCUUAAAUAUCAAUGUAUAUAAUGAUUGUACAAGUGAUCCUGUCAAAGGUUAUUUAAGUUGUUGAUAAUUUCAAUUAAAACUGCGGGAAUAUAUAUUGUCAGAAUUCAAGUCAUAAACUGCAUUAUUACGCUUAAGUGCUACGUACUUCAAUUCAUCUGAUAUUUUCACUAAUUUCGUAUCUGCAUUAGGCAAAUUGAAGAUAUACAAUACUUUCACGUGUAAGGCUGAUAUGCUUCCUCAUUAUUCUUUGCCUGGCAAGUGCUACUUCGUGCUAAACUGAAAUUUUUGUAAUAAUUACUGAAUAAUUUUUUUCGUGUUAUUUGUACAUAAUAAGUUAACAGAUCUCAUAAGAAUUUAGAUAUUUUGAAUUUGAGAAGUACCUAUAUAUAUUUUCCGAGUUUUUUGUGAUACCGCAGGCAGCUGCGAACAAUUCGAUUUUUUUAUUUGCACGUGUUCUUAUUUCCUGGGAAUUCAUGUCAAAAAUCAAUUGUUUUCUUUGCAUUCUAUAUUAAGUUGUGCGUAUUACUCUCAAAUUUGCUGAUGCAGGUUCAUCAUAUUUUGCCAACGACCUCCCACUCACUGCUUCCCAGUCCUCUUUGUUAUUUCAAAGUCGCAUUUUUGGUGUAGUUUUCUGCAGCAAAAUUAGUUUAACGCCUAAAUUAACGACUCGUAUCUUACCCUAGGAUUGCGUACAGACUUACUACAUCGGCGCUUUAUAUCAGUCUUACCCUCAGUAUGUCAAUCUCCGGAAUAGCAAUCCGAGGACGUUUGUACGCAACAUAGAACACUUUAAAGUUGUCGUACGUGGCGGCAACCAUCAGUGCAAGUCAUUUUGCGCUCAGCAGAACGUAUCCAUUUUGGGAAGUAGGUUUGUGACAAUAUUGCCCCGGUUACUCGUGUCAGGCGGUAGAGGGUUAAUAUGGGUUUGAUUUUGUAAAAGCACAUUUAGCAAGAUAUUUCCAAGCUUAUUUUUGUGUUUUCCCAUGUACAACAGUUCAACAAACGUCCAAUGUUGAAACUUUCAUGAAUUUGUCAUCCGUGAA